AGAGAGAGGGAGAGGCGACAGAACUGCUAUUAUUUAUGAUAGUCCGGUUGCUGGGAAAAAUGGCCAGCCACUUGUGCGUCACAUUUCGUACAGUGAACUUCUCAACAAGGUAUCAAGGUUUGCUCGUGUUUUAAUCGAAAACGGCGUGAAACGAGGCGAUUGUGUACUAAUUUACAUGCCAAUGAUACCAGAAGCAGUUAUUGCUAUGUUGGCAUCAGCGAGAAUCGGAGCAAUACACGUGAUUGUAUUUGGUGGAUUCGGUGCCAAGGAGUUGUCAAAUAGAAUUAACCAUGCUGAGCCGGUUGUUAUAGUUUCUGCGUCUUGCGGCAUUGAAUCAAACAGGCUCAUAGAAUAUAAACCCAUUCUGGACCAGGCAGUCACAAACUCUGCUCAUAAACCGAAGAAAUGUAUUGUAGUGCAGCGAGAAAUGCUUGUAGUUGACUUAAAUUCUACAAUCGAUGUUGACUACUCGGAUGAACUAGCUAGUGCACGUCCUCAUGAUUGUGUGCCCGUGGCAGCCACGGAUCCCAUUUAUAUGCUGCAUACGUCUGGGACCACUGGAGAACCUAAGGCUAUCGUGAGGCCCUCUGGUGGACACGCCGUCGCUUUAUACUGGACGAUGAAAAAUGUUUAUGAUGUCACUUCAGAUGAGGUGUUUUGGGCCGCUUCGGAUCUCGGCUGGGUUGUUGGACACUCGUAUAUUGCAUAUGCUCCUUUACUUUACGGAUGUACGUCUAUACUAUACGAGGGAAAGCCGGUUGGAACUCCUGAUGCUGGUGCUAUUUUUCGUGCUAUACGACAACACGGCUGUUCGUCUGUAUUUAUUUCUCCAACUGCCGUGAGAGCAAUUCGAAGAGAAGAUCCGGAGGGACUACUUGCUGCAAAGUAUAAGUUACCCAAAUUAAGAAGUUUCUUUAUGGCAGGAGAGAUUUGCGAUCACAAUACAAUGAAUUGGAUAGAGGAGGUCAUCAACAGAGGUUCUAAUGGUAACGUAAAGCAAGUCGUCGAUCAUUGGUGGCAAACUGAAUCGGGGUGGUCUAUCGGAGCGAUGUGUUUGGGAUUAGGAGACCGAGCGUAUACCAAAUCAUCAAAUGUAGGCAAACCAGUGCCAGGAUGGAAUGUCAAAGUUUUAAACUCAAAGGGUGAAGAGGUUUCUCAAGGACAAAUGGGCAAUCUGGCAGUAAAGUUACCAUUGCCUCCUGGAGCGAUGUCGACUAUAUGGAAGAAUGAUGAAAAAUUCGUCAAGACUUACUUUACAAAAUUUCCUGGUUACUAUGACACUUUGGAUUCGGGACGAUUCGAUGAGUUUGGUCAUGUGAAUGUGCUGGCUCGUACAGAUGACAUUAUCAAUGUGGCAGGUCAUCGGCUGUCUACUGGUGCCCUAGAAGAGAGUGUCGCUUCGUGUCGUGAAGUUGUUGAAUGUGCAGUUGUCGGUCUCAAUGACAUGGUGAAAGGAGAAGUACCAUUGGCAUUGGUGGUUUUACGAAGAGGAGUUGAUCGAGAUGCUAGUGAACUGAAGAAUGUCAUUGUUAGUCAUGUGCGUGAGACAGUUGGACCUGUGGCUUCACUAAAAGAUGUUGUCUUUGUACCUCGUUUGCCCAAGACAAGAACAGCAAAGUUGUCUCGCUCUACCAUGAAAGCUCUUGCUAAUGGAGAACCAUUCACACCUCCACCUACUCUCGAAGAUGUUACAGUGUUGGAUGAAAUCAAAUGUGCGUUAGGAGAAGCCGGCAUAGGUCAGUCACAUUUGAAUUGAAUUAGAAUUAUACGACUUUUCUAUGAUGGUAUAUCCUCUGUUGUGAAAUGAAUUCGGGCAGGCAGUAUCUGCUGUUUCCAUUUACACUGUUACAUUGAAUGAAAUGAGUUGCAUUUGUGCUGCUCUGUACUAUUUGUACUAUGUAUUGCAUUUACAAUAUAUACAUGUCUUGAGGAAUUUUGUUGUAAUGUUAUAUAAAGGUAUCUAUACUGUGUGGCAUAAUUUUGUAUAUACA